AUGGAAGACACGAGUCUUCCGGUGAAGGCCAAUAACCAGAUCACUACAAUAUUAUUCACUAUCUGCAGUCAAAGGUCGCGUCAGUACAAAACGAAGUUAUCUCCCAUUUUUCCUUCAGUCGCCAUGAGUUCUAAGUGCUUGGUGUGUUUGCUUACCGUUUUUUGUCUCGCUCUUGUGUCAUGUAAGACUAUAUAUUUGGAAAUGAGCCCGCCUACAGACGAAGAGACAGCAUUUCUGAAGAAGUAUGGCUAUCUACGAGAGUUUAAGGUACCGGGAUCUGAUGCAGGCUAUAGUCUCAAUGAUAUAUCCGAAGCGCUGAAGAAGAUGCAAGCUUUCGCCGGGCUGUUGGAGACGGGGAUGCUCGACGCUGAGACAAAACAGCUUUUCAAAAAACGACGCUGUGGAGUAAGAGACAUAGAGCCGAAGAACACACACGCAGCGAGAAGGCGCCGGUACGUGUUGCAGCAAGGAUGGACGAAGCGCUCCAUAUCUUACAGAGUGAAGAAUGGCUCUAGCACGCUGGACAAGGCGCGAGUCGAGGAGCUGAUUGCUGAAGGUCUGGCAGUAUGGGCACCUCACGGCAAGUUACAAUUCCACAAGAAGGAAGGUGAGGGACGCGCUGAUAUUGAAGUUUCGUUUGCCGCAGGAUCUCAUGGUGACGGGUUCCCAUUUGACGGCCCUGGACGCGUGGUGGCUCACGCGUUUCCUCCACCUCACGGGGCAAUGCACUUCGACGACGACGAAAUUUGGGGUGACAACCCUGAAGAAGACGAUGAUGACGUCACUGACUUCUUCGCGGUAGCUGUUCACGAGAUAGGGCACGCUCUAGGGAUGGCACACUCCAACGUUAAGACAUCUGUCAUGUAUCCUUACUACCAGGUGCCUAUAGAGCGGCUUUAUACGGAUGAUAUUCUCGGCAUGCAGGAAUUGUAUUUAAAUGAAAAACAAGAAGAAGAAGAGAAGCCUGAAGAGAUAACAGAAAGCCCGACGGUAUCCCGCUCUUCGCUGGUGCCAGGAUUCACGAUGCCCAACAGUGAGGAUGCCGACGAGAAUUACAUACCAGACUUGUGCAUGGCCAAUUACGACACACUGCAAGUUCUGCAAGGCAAAAUCUUUGUGUUCGAAGAAGAGUGGGUGUGGGUACUUCGCGACAAACACAAGAUCGAAGAAGGCUACCCAAAAUUAUUUAUCGACGUGUUUAGAGGUCUCCCUGCCGAUGUUACGAUGAUCAAGACAAUUUAUGAAAAACAAAAUGGAAACAUCGUAAUUUUCUCAGAACACAAUUUGUUCGAGUUCGACCCCUCCUUUCAAAUAAUUCGAUCAGGCUUUAUAUCAGAAUAUCAAAUACCUGAUGAUGUCUCCGAGCUGACGUCAGUGUUCGUGUCAAAUUACAACAAUAAAACGUACCUGCUAGAGGAAGAGAGGUUCUGGCGUUUUGAUGAAACCAACAUGACUAUGGACGCAGGUUACCCUAAGGAUAUGUCCGCGUGGAGAAAUGUCCCGUAUCCUGUUAACGCUGCUAUUGUUUGGAAAGGAGACACUUUCUUCUUCCAAGGUCCUCGGUACUGGCGGUUCGACAACACGCUGGUUGAAGCCCACAGGUACUACCCGCUACCCACGGCGCCGAUCUGGUUCAAAUGCGAAGCGACGCCAGAAAUGACCCGCUAUAUCACAAAUGACGGACCGUAA